AUGGCGGUGAUUAAUAGAGCCGGAAAUGUGAUUACCCUCCUCCUGCUGGUUAAGCUCCAGCUAAUCCUGCUGUUCUCGCUGUCAGUUUCCGGUGAGUUGCCGCAGCUGGACUACGGCAGCUUGUCCGCCUCCCUGGAGGAGGAUGCGAUUGACCCACUCACGGCGAUGGCUCCCUUCGCCAACUCCCUGGUCACCGAGGACUCGGCGCCGCACAAGAACAACGCGGAGCUGCUCGUCAACAGCAGUGAGGAUGAGAGUGCGAGACCGCCGCCAGGAUCCUCGUCCGCGGGACUGGGUGCAUCGGGAGCGGCCGGUGGAUCGGGCAUACUGCUCGAGGAGUUCAACAGCGGCAAACUGAGUGCCGGCGAGGCCAGCAAUACGCUGCCCAUAUUCCUCAUCGAGCCGGAGAGCGUGUUCGUGGUCAAGAACCGGCCGGCGGUGCUCAAGUGCAAGGCCUCCCACUCGCUGCAGGUGAUCUUCAAGUGCAGCGGCAGUUCGCAACCACCGCCGUCCACGCACGAGACCCACGUGGAUCCGCACACCGGGGUCAACAUGGAGGAGGUCACCGCCACCAUCCAUCGCGACCUGGUCGACGAGUUCUUCGGCGACGGACCCUUCAAGUGCGAGUGCCACGCGUGGUCGUAGCGUGGCGUGGUCAAGAGUCAGGCGGCCACCGUGCACAUUGCUUAUAUUCGCAAGUCCUUCAACCAGUCGCCCACCUCGCUGCGCCUGGAGCUGGGCAGUCGGGCGGAACUGCGCUGCGACCCACCCGGCGGCUUCCCCGAACCGAAGCUCACCUGGCACAAGAACAACGCGCUCAUCACGGCGGACAGCGAGCCGGGGAUCACCGUUUCGGCCGGCACACUCCUCUUCCGCCAGGUGGCCCUGCAGCACAUGGCCAACUACAGCUGCAGUGCGGAGAACCUCGCCGGCAGACGCGUCUCCGAUUCCGCCGUGCUCAUCGUUUAUGUCAACGGAGGCUGGAGCACCUGGAGUCCAUGGCGCGAGUGCAAGUGUGCGGGCAAGCCCAGCCAGGGCAGGAAGCGUUCGCGCACCUGCAACAAUCCGAUGCCGUUGAAUGGGGGCGCCCAGUGUCCGGGCCCCCAGAUCCAGAAGUCCGCCGACUGCGCCGCAUGUCCAGAGGACACUCAAAUCGUGAGCCCUGAUGGAUUUGACAUUUCGUCGAGUAAGCGCAUGGCCCGCUGGUCGGCGUGGAGUGACUGGAGCAUCUGCUCCGCGGAGUGCAUUCAAGUGCGUCGCCGGAAGUGCCUGACUCAGGGCCAGACUCAGAUUUCCUCCGAGGCGGAGGAAGCCGGUGAUCUCCUCCUGGGCGCUCCCGGGGUGGGCAUGGCCGCCCUCAUCGCCGCAGCAGGAGCGGGAGCAGGAGCUGGAGUAGGAGCAGGAGCAGGAGUAGGAAGCCCCAGCGAGGCGACUGGCUCCAGUUCCGACAUUAUCCCGGGAUAUGGCAAAUCAUUGUGCGCCGGAAAAGACAUACAAACGGCCGAAUGCCGCGGCGAACAGUGCCAGAUUGGCAAGGAUGAUUUCGAUUGGACGCUCUAUCUGGGAUUGGCCUUCAUAACGGCGGUGUGCUUCGCCUUUGGGACCGCACUGAUCUGCUGCGCUCGCCGUGGCAUCCGCACCAAUCCCCAUUACAACAUGGCCCGUUCAGUAAUGGACGCGGAUUAUAUGCCCGGCGUUGUGGAGAAGAAGGAGAUGCGCAUGCACAUCGAGGCCAGCAACAUGGGAUACGAUUACGUCAAUCCCGGACAUCGUUAUUUGCCCGGCGAGCACAUCAUGGGCAUGGGCAUGGGCAUGGGCAUCGGCUGUGGAGGCGUCACCGAGCACCACUACGACGUGCCCAAUCUGUCCGCCAACUACACCAAUCCCAUAGAUCAUCUGAGCGUGGACUAUCUGUCCGAGACCGGGGAAUCCUCCACAGCUGAUACCUCCAACUCAACCUUCGACAUGAACGGCAAGCUGUCCAUACUCAACGCCUCGAAGAGCAGCACAUACGAGCUGCUGGGAAGCGCAGGAGGACAGCUCCGCCUCUAUGGCGGCGAGCUGCUGCUCUUUGUCCCGGAGCACGCCAUCGGGAAGCACCUCAAGAAGCACGUGUCCUUGCUGCUGCUGAGCGACGAGUGCAGUCGCGUGUCCUGCGCCACCGAGAGCUCCAUUCUGUGCAGCAGCGUGGUGCACAGUGCACCGCGCAACUACAGCUUCGUGAAGCCGGUGAUCCUGAAGAUUCCCCACUGCCUGGUGGCGCCGGAGCAGUGGCAUGUGCACAUCUACCACGCGGACAGCGAACACGACGAGCUGAGUGUCAACUGGCGGCGGGCAGUAUCCGUUGGCGAGGAAACCAUCAACACACCCAUGUUCGUGCAGCUGGAGGCGACGCAUGUGUUCAUUAUGACGGAGCAACUGGGUCACUUCACCGUGGUGGCGGAGCCAAGGAUUCAACAGCCCUCGAUCAAGAUGAAGCUGCUGGCCUUCAGCCAACAUACGCCACCCAGCAACGCGAACUGCAGUUUGCGGAUUUACGUGGUCAAGGACUUCCCCAAUAGCCGCGAUAUCUGCGCCAAUGUGGAGGCCAAGCUGGGUGGCAGUUUUCUUGGCGAGAGCCAGGUCUUUGCGUUCACGCUGAAUAGCCGGAACCUGAACAUCCGGGUGAGAAGCGCGGAUGUGGAGGCAGCAGCUCCCUACGAACACGCCAUACCCUACCAGCACAUCCUCAGCAACAACUCCAUUCUGCACUGCGAGUUCAGCCUGCGGAGGCAGGAUCAGAACACUCUGUGCGUGGACUUUGGCCAGGGCAGCGAGGACGACUACUACACCUUCAACAUUCCAGCGCACUCAAUGAGCGGAUCGGCAGAGGAACUGGCCUCCACCACGAACACCACCAUCUCAAUAGACCGCCAGGGCAACUAUGUGAACGAGAGCUGUGUGAUGGACUUUGUGCAGCUGCCCCAUGCCACAAAGCGUUUGAUCUGCGGCGCCUUGGAUCCUCCCCGGGCCGACGAGCGGGACUGGCGCUUACUGGCCAAGAAGCUGAAUACCGAUCGGUAUAUUGCCUACUUCGCCACCAAAGCCUCGCCCACCGAACAGAUCCUGAAUCUGUGGGAGUGCCGAGCGAAUAGCGGUCCUGGUAGUAGUUCCAACUCAGUUUCACAUACGAUAAUGGCGCUCCUGCUGACGCUCAAGGAGAUGGGUCGUCAGGAUGUGCUGGACAUCAUAGUUGAAACCAUAGGUCCUUUGUGGAUUUAAGGCACGUUCCCUUUCAUACGCUUUAUUGGAAGGAAAUUUAACGGAAGUAUAUAUAUGAUUUUAGUAUUUCUGAAACUAAUAGAAACAGCUUUAAGAGUCAACAUCGAGAAAUUCCAUUCCGCAAAAACGGAAACGAAAAAUGUGUGUUGAAAUCCUAUCAAACUUAGCAAAGUUGAAUGUAUCCGUUUUGAAAGUUUUCCCAGUUUCCCCUAACUUCACCUAUCUUAACCCCGUUUCCAGUGACAAAUCACUAUUUGUUUCCAAAGAUAACUUAUCCAACAAACAAGUAACACCUAAGAACUGAACCACCUGCAAAGUUUGUUAAAGUGAGAUGGGGAAAUCAGCGUGAGGCUCAUGGUCCCUUGUUGUUAAAAACAAAAAAUGUUCAUGAGUUGCCUUUUAUUUACAAAAUGUAUGAACGACGCGAACGAAAAACGAAAUACAAAACGAAACGAAGUGUGGAAAACUGGAAUCGAAAUGAAAAGAAUAUUGAAUCAAAGUGUAGCUGUAGUCAUAGUCACUAAGUUACUGUAGUGUUGUGUUCUAAGGUAACUUGCUCAACGAACUUUGUUCCCUAUGGGUGCCAUGCAUUUUAUACACUAAACAGGAAGAAUGUAGCGUUUAAUUAUACUUGUGGCUUAGCAAACUUAUAGUUUUAAACACAUAACUCUAGCAUUACGAGGGACAAACUGUUUGUGUACGAUACGACAGCUGUAUGAUACGAGUUCACAUGGGGCAGUAGGCCAAAAUACAUAGAGUAAGUGAUGGCCAACUAUGAACCGACAACCGACAAACAUUUAAAUUCAAAUGCGGGAGUUGUAAACUGUUUGCCAAAUCGUUGAAUUUCUCAGCCGACUCUAGGUACGAAUAGUCACUAAAGAAGAGGAGCAUUUAGUAAUCAAAACUAAGCCAUAGCACACAUAUACCCUAAAGUAUGUAGCCUCUCGAAUUAUAUAUAAUGCGUACCCAUAUAUGUAUGUAUAUUUAGUGUAACAUCUAGUAAUAGUUAUAAAACGAAACAACAAAACGAGUAGUUUGUUAGACAUACUCAAGUGAUAACCUUUGUAUUUGUCUUUAGUUGUAAGUCUGAUCCUGUCGUUUAAUCGUUAAUCAAGUAAGCAUUUACAGAACAAUGACGUAUACUUAGUGGCUCAAACAAAAAGUUAAAUAAAAUAAAAACUGCAACAAUAAUUUACCAGCUAGUUCCACACUUUGCAGCACUGGUUGGGGAUUGAUUUCUGCAGGUGACUUCUGUUUGGCCAAUGACUUGGCAUCGGGUAUAAACUCGGCAAUACUGGUACGACUUUUAAUUGGAGUCAGGACCUUGCAAUCAAUGCGAGGUACUUUCUGAGGCUUCGUCAAAAG